AUGUCUGCAACAGCUUCGAUGUCAUCACGCCACCAUACCAUGAAGGAGUCCCUAAGUAUGAAGGAUUCCAUAAGCACACUUGCAGUUGAUGCCGCAUCAUGUGCUCUUCGUCGUGGUGAUGUGUGCCGUGCUGUAGAGUUGCUGGAACAAGGCAUGACUCUCAUCUGGACCCAGAUGGCACGACUCCAUGCGCCUAUUGACAUUCUCCAGGAACGCGGCGAUCAUGCAGCGGCUUUGAUGAAGAAAUUCAGAGACCUCAACUCCCUCCUUAAGAAUCCUCCUGCACAUCACGGGAAACAAAAUUUCGUGGAACCCUUCAAGUCGGCUUUUCUCAUGCGCGACGAACCACUUGAACUUCUAGAUAUCAGCCACAUGGAUCUUUUGUAUUUCUUCCAGGUUCUCAGACUGCAGUGGGUGUCGCCGACACUCCCGACGAAGUCAUUCACUUGGCGGCUGGCCUACAGUUUUCUAGGGUGA